GAGCAACAUUUUUUUUUAUAAUUUCACAAGGCCUGAUUCUAUUUUCGAAUUUGAAUAUAUUUGGAAAAAUUCUAAAAAUAUCCAAUGAAUAAUAAUUUCUCAAAUACAUUAGGUCAACCAUCUUUUGGGAUGACCACUGUUAAUUAUCAGCAACAGCAGCAGCAGCCACAACAAACUUCGAAUACCCAUCAGAUUUUAUUUGUCCAACCGCAAGAUCAACAACAAGCAACUACAGCGGUACGUGGGACAGCAGCGGUUACCGCUUCAACUAUUCAACAGUUUGCCAACAAUCAAUUUACCACAUUUGUACAACCACAGCAGCGGCAUACGAAUCAAUCAUCAUCGUCGACAUCAACCACCGGUCAUCUAAAGAAUGUCGCCUGUAUGCAAAGAGAAUUGGAACAACUGAAGAAACAAAAUCUUGAAUUACAGGACGAGAUUGAAAAACUUCGUCAAGCAUACACCGAAUGUCAAUAUCAAGCCAUGACUGAUAAUGUUAAAAUGUCCAACUAUUGGGAGCAAAUACAGCAACUACAAAAAGAAAAACGAGAGCAACAUUCUCAGCCCUUUUAUCAUAGAAAUUCCGAAGAUCAAUCACAAUAUUGUGAUGAAUGUAAUUUCGAAAUCAAAUCUCAGGUUGCACUAUUCAUUCAUAAAUUGAAUCACUGUUUUGUAUCGCGAUCGGGUAUUCCUCGUCAUCUUCAACUAUGUACUCGUUCAUUUACAACAAUGCCCGAUGAUUCAAUACGAUUCAAAUACCAAUGUCAUCACUGUGAAAUUGAUUCCAAACGAGAAUUUCAGCGGCAUGAAAUUUACAUGCACAUCUAUCAGUUUCAUACAUUCGAUGUGCCAUAUAAAUGUAAAUUCUGUUUUCUAUUUUUUACAUCCAAUGCCUAUCUUAAUGAUCAUCUGGCUGAAAAACAUUCGUUACCAAACAAUAGUAGCAACAUUACGCGAGAUCAUGCAAAAAAUCGUCGAAAUCGCAAUGAAAAUAAAAUGGCCGCUUCAACCGUCUCAAUUCAAACAGUUUCAAACGCUGAUUGCAUGAAUUCAACGUUACCAUUAACGGCUAGUAGUACACUUUUGAAAAAAUCAUUUAAUCACUCCGUAAAACGAAGCCGUACGGACCAUCAAAGACCUGCAAGCAUUAGUGAAAUUUUUCAACGAUUAGUCUGCGAAACUUCAGAUUCGAAUGUUUCUACGAAGAAAGACAAUAUCAGGUCAGAAUCUUCAUCGACUAGUGAAGCGAGCAAGACAUUCGAAUCUAUGAAACGUGAUGCUAAUAUUCAGCAAAUUAUGGCUGAUUUGGAUAACGAUAAAUCACUUAAUUGUAAAUAUCCAGGUUGCAGCUUUUCGGCCACCACAAGAAGCCAUCUGAAAUUUCACAUUAGUGCUCACUUGAUGAGCAAAUACAAAUGUCCAUAUUGUACAUUUGUUGCCAACCGUUUAGUGGAAAUCAAACGUCAUAUAAUGAAAUCGGCAAAACAUUCCAGCCAUCAUGUUUAUCUCUGUUCGGGAUGUGAUUUUGCCACCGAUUGUGAAAAGACAUUCCGAGCUCAUCAUGUCCAUUCGCAUGAUUCAACGGCAAAUGUCAAUGAGGUUAUUGAACGAAUGUUUCUAAAUGAAUCAAACGGAAUUAUUGGCCAGACAAUUAGUUCGACACAACAACCGAGUUUGGAUAAUUUGUCCAAUAAAGAUAGCAAUAAGUAAGGAUCACUGAAUAUAUAUUGAUUUUGAACAAAUAUAUAACAUGGUGCCGAAACAUGAUUUGAAAUGACUUUUUUUAAAUAAUUUACUGUAUGUUUUAUAUGUAAAACUACAAUUAAUCACGAAACUACCUUGCAGUGUUGUCAUUUUAGGUCAAAAUCAAUUGACUUUGAUCUAAAUAUUUUUUCCGCUUAUAAUAUAUGUCAUCAUCAUUUUUGCCCAAUAAAGUGAACAAUGUAACCAUAAAAAAAUCA